CUUGUGGGCACAGCAGAUGUCUUUUGGUUUCACCAAGAAUCAUCAGUGGUUUGUCUGGUGUGCUUUUUGUUUCAUGAACGGUGGGAGGUUUCGGUGCUUGCAAAAGGUGUUAUUCCGGCAUUGGACUUGACAAACAGAAGUAGUUGUGUCGUGGGGAUAGUGAUUGUUAUGGCGAGGACAUCCCUUCCACCAGGAUUUCGUUUUCAUCCAACUGAUGAGGAGUUGAUUCUGUACUAUCUCAAGAGGAAGAUCAUGGGUAAAAAGUUUCAGUUAGAAGCUAUUGCGGAGUGUAAUAGUUCACACGUUUUCUUGUUCAUUGCAGAUAAAUCUUGCUUGAAAAGUAAGGAUCUAAAAUGGUUCUUUUUCUGUCCAAGAGAGAAGAAGUAUGCAAGUGGAGCUCGGGUGAAACGUGCUACUGAAAAUGGGUACUGGAAAACUACAGGAAAAGACAGACCCGUGUAUCACAAUAAUAAAAAAGUUGGAACAAUAAAGACGUUGAUUUUUCACUUGGGUCAUGCACCCCAAGGGGAACGGACCAAUUGGGUUUUACAUGAGUAUAAGAUUCUCGAUUGCCAGUUAGCUGCAGCUGGGGUUCAGGAUACAUAUGUGCUGUGCAAAAUCUUCCAAAAGAAUGGUCUAGGCCCAAAGAAUGGUGCGCAAUAUGGGGCACCAUUUAAUGAAGCUGAAUGGACUGAUGAUGACAUUGAUGAUGAUCAAAGCCAUGCUAUAACUUUUGCAUCUGAUGGUCCAUCAACAACUCUAUUGUCGAUUGAAGAGCAAAGCAGUCCUCCAGAAACUACUGAAUUAUCUUUGAUUGAAGGUCCAUCUAACCCAGCUGGUGAGGUGUUAGUGAAUGAGACUGAUGAUGAGAUAGAUCGACUACUGGCCCCAUUUACAGAUGAUGACAUGUUGCUUUUUCAUCAUUAUGGAGUUGCCCAGGAUGGACUUGGUGGAAAAGGGAAACAGAGCUUACCUUGUUCUCAAGAACUUGAUAUAUACAAUGGUCUUGGUGACCUGGAUGGUUCACUCCAGAUGAAUGAAGAUGUACCUGGUUUCUUGAUGGAGAAUGAGAGAAGUUAUCUGGAAAACAACUUUUUCUUGGAUAGUUCGGCCUUCAUUGAGCUCGACGAUCUAUUGCCUCAAUUGGAUUGUCCGGUUGAAUUUAGCAAAAAUGUUCAGUCAUCAACCAACGAGAUAUUUAGAUCCUACGGACAUGGGAAUAUUCAACAACCUGAAGGGACGUAUGCUGGGGACAACUGUUUGCUUCCACUCCAUGUGGUUAACAGCACACAUUAUCAAGGGCUACCUAAUGCUGUUUAUGAUUCGGAUUUCGCACUUGGUCAACUGGAUAAUGGCACUGAUUUGGCUCAAGACAUUCAAAGAGGUAGUAGUGCCGAUGCUUGAUGAUAAUUCUUGUCGCGCAAAGAGUUACUGCAUUCUUUAUAUAUUAUACUUCGGUCAUAUCUCGACAAGGAACUGCCAGUACUCGGGCAGUUUCUGAAGAAAUAAAACGCAAUUUUUGCAAAGAUGCUUCCUGGAUGUGUAGCAUGCCUUGUGGAACUCGGGUCUCUUCUUUGUUACAAGGCAUAGGCUAUUGGUCAUAUUUGUGGUCGACAUGGAUGUCAUUUUGGUGCCACUGGCGAAAAGAAGAGAGAGAAAGAAAUUGAUAUUGCCUUCUUUUUUGUUGUGUGAAGUCUAUGAGAACUAUAAAACUCGGUGGCUGCUGCACUGUACGAAUGCUUUUUUAUAAUUAUUUAUUUGAAGUUGUCAAUCUCAUUUUAUGUUUGUUUUUGCUCACAUUUUUAUGCCAGGUAUACAUAUAAAAAUAUGUUUGUCGACAAUAAUGCGACCGAUUCCAGCUCUCUUACCAUCAGCUGCUGAGCAAAUUUCUGCUCUUUCAUAUUCUUCUUGUGGUGGCUCCUCCAUACAUAUCAAGGCUGAGGUGACUGGUGAAUGCACUAAAGAAGCUUUGUCGAUUAUGAUGGGGGGGUCGAGCAGCUGUUGGUGCACCAUGUCUUGUGCAGUUUUUGAGGAAUUGAGGCUUUAUGUUGGAUGCUAUCACCUAGUUUACUUGGCAGGUUUCAGUUCUCUUGUGUUUUUUAAAGUUAAUUUUGCUUUAACGAGCUUCUCACAUGUUUUGUGGUGUUUUUGCCUUUUUGCAAUGCAAGUUUUUAUAGUUUCGGCAUACUUGAUUGGCAAUAAUGUGGCUUUUAUUAUCCUAACUACUUUAGGCACCAAUAAGAUUUUCUGCAGUCUCUAUUAUCCUCCAAAGUAUUUAGAGCAUCUUUAUUUUGAUGUUGAGGAUAACUGGAGGAAUAUUUCGAGAGAAGGUAUUGGAUUAAAAGGGGAUUGAGAGGUAUAGGAAAGAGUAGUGCAUGACCAGUGCUUUAAUAGGCGUGCAUAAUUAUUCCUCAACCUAUACAAGCACCGUAUAACUCGAUCAGAAAUCAGUUAUUGUUAGGAAAAAUAUGAAAACUAUGUCUAGAUUGAUGACAUGUAUUCCACUUGGUAUCCAGCAUUCGAAAUGCUUAUUCCACCUUGGAAUAUGGCGUAUAGAGGUGGCAUUGUUCCUUUUAGAGAUAUAAUAUAAUAUGGUUGGAAAUGGAUAUCCCUUGCCUUGUACUCAUUUAGAGGCUGUUAAUGUGUAACCAGGAAUUCACUCAUCGACGAUUUAUGUGAGUUCCAUGUAAAAUGUGAAAGGGUG